AUGGAUCAUUCCUACGGGCAACAGACGGGAGGUUACAAUGUCGACCCGACGACAGGAUCCGAUGCGAGGACGGCACAGGACAUGAACACGCAUUACAGCCAGCCACAAGUCGUAUAUUCGUAUGUUGAGAAUGGUCUUCAUCCAGUGCCGGAGCCGGACAAGAUCGUAGGCGCGCCGUAUUAUCACCAAUACAAUCAAAUUCCAGGCAUGCCGAGCCAUCCCCAUGAACAAGCGGCAUCGAAAAGGAGGAUAUGCGGUAUGAGCUUGACGAUGUUCAUACUCUGGUGCAUACUGGGAUUCCUUCUUGCGCUGCUGGCCAUCGUCGCGGGUGUGUUUGGGAGCAUGCUCGCAAAGCAGAGCUCAGAAAUUCUAGACCUCAAGAACGUGGCCGCAACAAAAACAACCAAACCUGACACCAACGGCACUUCAACGACAGCAGCACCCGCCGCGACGACGACAUGGGUACAAGUAGUGGACUGGGAGUAUAUCGGCUGCUACGAGGACACCUCGAACCGCGUGUUCCCGGAUAAAUUCACGCAAAUUGACGACCAGACGAACCGGCUCUGCGCGGGUGUGUGCUCUGGGUACGAGUACUUUGGCACCGAGUUCGGUGACCAGUGUUAUUGUUCGCGGACGCCGCCGACGACGGCUGCGCCGGCGUGGAAUUGCGAUAUGCACUGCACUGGCGCGCAGACGUCGGAGAUUUGUGGGGGGUUCUUCUUUUUGAGUGCUUGGAAGAAGAAGGUCUGA